AUGGACGUCAAACCACCCGAUUCCUGGGUCAAGAGGGUCGAUUUGACUGUCUCCAAGGUUUUGUUCCAUCUGUUCUUUUGGGGUCUACAUAUUGGUCUGUUUGCAGUGGGAUGGUAUUUGCAAGCAUCAGACCCAAGACUAUCUGCUCUUAAUGUUCUCCAGUACUCAGUAUGGAUAUCACGAGGUGCAGGCCUUGUCCUUUCCGUUGAUUGCACUUUGAUCCUCUUCCCCAUGUGUCGGAACAUUCUUCGAUGGCUGAGACCCCAGAUCCGAUGGCUACCUUUGGAUGAGUCUGCAUGGUUCCAUCGGCAGAUUGCCUAUUCCAUGCUUGUUUUCACAGCUAUCCAUACUGCUGCUCAUUACGUCAACUUCUACAACGUCGAAAAGAAUCAAAUCCGCCCUGAGCGAGCAGUUGAGAUCCACUUUGCCCAAGCAAGUGGUAUCACUGGACAUGUCAUGCUUCUGUGCAUGAUGCUCAUGUAUACCACCGCCCACCAUCGCAUUCGCCAGCAAGCCUACGAGACUUUUUGGUACGCGCAUCACUUGUUUGUUCCGUUCAUGCUUGCUCUCUACACCCAUGCCACUGGAUGCUUCGUGCGAGAUACCGCGGACCCCUUCUCCCCAUUCGCCGGAGAGCCGUUCUGGGACCAUUGCCUAGGGUAUGAAGGAUGGAGAUGGGAGAUAGUGGUCGGGGCUCUAUAUCUCUUGGAGCGAAUCUACAGGGAGAUUCGUGCUCGACCCGCCAUGGAGAUCCAGUUCCACAAGUCAAGCAUGAAGUACAAGGCCGGACAAUGGCUGUUCCUUCAGGUGUCUGAUGUUUCCAGCACCCAAUGGCACCCAUUUACCAUCACCUCCUGUCCCUUCGAUCCCUACCUCAGUGUCCACGUUCGCCAAGUUGGUGACUUCACACGAGCACUAGGAGACGCUCUCGGUUGCGGUCCUGCCCAAGCCAAAGACCUUGAAGGUCUCGACCCGAACGGUAUGUACGAGGUCGCUUUGCAAAACGGACAAACCAUGCCUGCAAUCCGCGUGGAUGGACCAUAUGGUGCACCGGCAGAAGAUGUAUUCGAAAACGAAAUUGCUGUGCUGAUAGGCACCGGAAUUGGUGUUACACCCUGGGCAUCAAUCCUCAAAAACAUCUGGCAUCUCCGCUCAAGCCCGAACCCGCCUCGCCGAUUGCGUCGCGUCGAGUUCAUCUGGGUGUGUAAAGAUACCUCUUCUUUCGAAUGGUUUCAAGCUCUUCUUUCUUCCCUCGAGGCCCAAUCCGCCAAUGCCGCGGCCAACGAGGGAGGAACCGAGUUCUUGCGUAUCCACACAUACCUUACACAGCGUCUAGACGCUGAUACCGCUGCAAAUAUCUACCUCAACUCCGUUGGCCAGGCACUUGACCCUCUCACAGAACUUCGGAGUCGGACCAACUUCGGCCGUCCGGAUUUCAAGCGCCUGUUCACGGCUAUGCGGCUUGGGUUGCUGAAUCAGUCUUACAUGACCGGUUUGCAAAGUGCUUCCACCACAGAGAUCGGAGUGUACUUCUGUGGUCCUAAUACUGCUGCCAGGCAGAUUAGUGAUGCUGCCAAGUCUUCAUCGACAAAGGACGUCAAGUUCAAAUUCUGGAAGGAGCACUUCUAG